ACAACAAAAGAAAAAUUUGAAUGUUUUUUGUUGUGGGUCCGGAAUGUAACGCUGACAUGGUCAUGCGACAAAAGCCAAAGUUGGAGUGGAGUGGUGGGCGGGGCCAGCGGUUGAUUGAUGAUAAGAUUUACGGUGUGGAUCACCGCGGGGAGAGAGGAUGACUCACUCCGUCUGCUGCGAUGUUCACCCCGCAACAGCUCGGCAGUGCAGCGGAGCAGCCUGACAUGCUCGCUUUGCUCCUCAAAACAACAAGUCAAACUUUGAUCAGUAGUUGCCUUAGCCUCAAAUACACAGUUACUUGGAAGCCCGAGUGUUUACAAGUUGCUAGUUUGAGCAAGAGAGCGCGUCGUGAUUUACCGUAAAUUUCUUCUUGGUUGCUAUGGAAACAGUGCGGCUGUGCGUCUUAGCGUUUUAACCUCUAAACCUGUUGGAUAUCUCAAGUGUCUUUUCUUUCUUUGCAUAAUCUUUCUGCUUUUAAUUUGACCCAAAAGCCGGUAAAAACAAACAGGCAAAGAUGACCGAGCCUCAUACAGAGAAAAGAUUCCACAACUUGACCCUGGAGCAACUCCAGGCUUUGGACAAAGUCCUGACCGAGGUCAUUCCCAUCCAUGGCCGCGGGAAUUUCCCAACAUUGCAGGUGAGAGCCAAAGACAUCAUCCGUGUGGUGAAGGAUGGACUUGUAGAACGGAAAAUCCAGGUUAAAGACAUUCGCCUCAAUGGAGCGACCGCCAGCCACGUCCUGGUCAGGGACAGCGGCCUGGGCGUCCGAGAUUUAGACAUCAUUUUUGGAGUGGACUUACCAAGACAGGAGGACUUCCAAGUGAUUAAGGAGGUGGUGCUGGGAAGCCUCAGAGACCUUCUCCCAUGUGGAGUGAACAGACGCAAGAUCACCUGCCUCACCAUGAAAGAAGCGUACGUGCAAAAGAUGGUGAAAGUUGUGACGGAGCAGGACAGAUGGAGCCUCAUCUCUCUGUCCAACAACAGAACCAAAACAGUCGGGCUGAGAUUUGUUAGUGCGCUUCGCAGGCAGUUUGAAUUCAGCGUGGACUCCUUCCAGAUCAUUCUGGAUCGCAUGCUAGAGUCUUACUGGGAGACCGACAGGAGACGAGGGGCCAAUUUAUCCUCGGAUGCUCAGAAUUUGGGCAACAAUGAAGAAAACGAGGGAGGAACUGGAGACGGAGAGCAAGUGGACUCAAAGAUGGCAUCCUGUGGAGAGACACCACAUGGGCAUGAAGAUGUUACGGAGGAGGAGUCUCCUCAUGCAGAGGUGGAGAAAUGUGAGGCACAUAAGGAUGACUUGAAUCAGCAAGAGCAGGAAGUGGACGUUCAUUCCAAGGAGGACAUUGUUUUUGAGCGUUGUGAGGACAAAGUACAGUUUUGCAAAGAUGAUCCUUUGGUCUCACCUCAACCCCCCUCAGAUGCCAAGAGUGCAUGUGUAAAGCUGCAGGUUCAAGAUGAGACCUCUCAAUCGCACGUCUCCAUCACGGCGCUCCUCAGGAGGUCAUCCACGCAGGAUUGUCUCCAGGUAGCCGCCUCCAUCCAGCAAGAGUCCAAUCUUGAGUUUUCAUCUCCUCCCCCGGCGAAAAAGACCUGCAGCACCUCACAGGACGUUGUUCCCGACUACUGCCCCUCACCCAAACUGCAACGAAAAAUGUCACGUAAGAUGAUUUGUACCCCUGAAAAAUGGUCGUUACUGACAGAGGUGUCUGAUAUGACCACUCACAUGUUCACGCCCAUUGAGAUACCUUCUCAGCUGAAGCCUCCUGUGCAAGAAGUUCAUAAAGAAAGUUCCUCACAGGAGAGCGUAGCUCACCCUGAGACAAAUCAAGGUGCUGAGCCAACUGUGAAGCCGAAACAUCCCAAGAAACCUCCAGACGGCAACGCUACACAAGAGGAGCAUGUAGAAGCUCCCCCAUUGAGCUCCUGGGAGUCCACCCUGGCUGUGGAGACAGAGUGCAUGUAUGGAGACUUUGAGCAGGCCAUGGAGCACCUCCGCCACCGCCUCAUCGCGACUCACAACCCCGAGGAGAUCCGAGGCGGAGGCCUGCUGAAAUACAGCGACCUCCUGGUGAGGAACUUCCGUCCGGCCAGCGAGACAGAGAUCAAGUCCUUGGAGAGGUACAUGUGCUCACGCUUCUUCAUCGACUUCCCCGACGUGAGUGAACAGCAGCGCAAGAUCAAGGCAUACCUGCAGUGUCACUUCACAGGCAGCGAGGAGAGCAGCAGGUACGACUACCUGAUGACGCUGCGGCGCAUCAUCGACGAAAGCACCGUGUGCCUGAUGGGCCACGAGAGGCGGCAGACGCUCAACAUGAUCACCGUCCUGGCUCUGAAGGUGCUGGGGGAGCAGAACGCCAUCCCCAACGCUGCCAACGUCACGUGUUUCUAUCAGCCCGCGCCGUAUGUGAGCGAGCCCAUCUACAGCAGCUACUUCGUCACGCAACCGCCGCCACUCGUCUACCACCCCUACCCGGUGCACGUGCACGUGCAGAGCGGUAUGGUGUAGCCGCGGUCACAUGCCCUCAGGGAGGUGGCGAGGCGGCUUUUUUUUCAGCACGGGCCUGUACAGGCGCUGAUUUUGACAAGAAGAGCACGACGUCCUUUCACGCUUUGACAUCCUUUGGGACUGCAGAGGUCACUGAAGGUCAGGACUGAUUGGGGUGUUAUGGACACUUUUGGACGGGAAACGCUGACAAGGACAAGUGCACGGCAGACGUUUGCAUGGACUCACUAACACAGGAAAUCGUUAUUACUGAACAGUUGUCUAUCUUCCAGAGCUGGCUGGCCCAUUAGGCAAUAUAGGUGGAUGCUAAGGCCACUGUGGCCUCCAGGGGGCGCCAAAAUAAGGGAACAAAUUCACCUUCAUUAUAACCACUGUAAUUUAAAACUAGUCAUCACUAUUAACUCUCAAAACAUUGAUUGAAAUGUAAAGCCAAUUACAAUUACUAACACAAAUUAAGUAUUAUAAUUUGUGUAUAUAGUAUUAAAAAUAGUUGCGUAUAGGUAUUUUAAAUAGCUUUGGUAUAUAGUAGUUAUUUCAUUUAGUUUUUGUAAAUCGUCAUUGCGUAGUGUUAUUGUGUGCAAACUGUGGUUAUUUAAAUUGGUUGAUGUUGAUUGUUGUAUUUGGAAUUUAUUAUUAGCAUUUUUUCCCUUUAUUUACAUGAUUUUUAUUUUGUGUUAAGGAUAUUUAUGUUGUUUUUCAUUUAUUUGACAUUUGGUUGACACGUUCAACAUGGUAAAAACAAUGCCAUU